CAACUCAUAAAUUGUUCCCAUAACUUGAUUUCCUUUAGGGAUCAGCAACAUUUUAUAACUUUUUGGUUGUAUAAGUAAAACCUCAUCCAAGCUUCUAAUUUGUAGCUUAGAAUAGAAACAUUCAUAUAAUUUCCUUUUGUGUGUGCGCUCCCAACAUCCAGCUGCAAGUUACUUUACUAGUUUGGACGCCAGAUUUCAGUGAGAGACAAAAAGGGAUUGUUUUCUGCAAAAAGGGAGUCAGAAGAUAAAAAACAAAUAUCUAGGAUGUCUCUCAUGGAUACCAUUGGGGUAGGAACGUUACUCCUUCUGGUCAUAACCACCAUUUUCAUGUACCUGACAUGGAACCAAAUGUACAGGAAACGUAACCUUCCUCCAGGUCCAACGCCUCUACCGCUGAUCGGAAAUUUGCUGCAUAUAAAGUUUGGUGAAAUGGCCGGAUCAUUAAUGAAGCUGCAGGACCAGUAUGGCUCAGUCUAUACAUUGUACCUUGGCAUGAGGCCUGUGGUUUUCAUUUGUGGAUACCAGGCAGUGAAGGAAGCCCUUGUAGAUCGUGCUGAGGAAUUUGGCACUCGUGGAAGAGUUCCUACAAUUGAUAAAUUUACCCAGGGAUAUGGAAUUGGUUUUGCAAAUGGAGAAUGCUGGAAGCAAAUGAGACAGUUCUCCUUUAAGACCCUAAAGGACUUUGGACUUGGGAAGAAAACCACAGAGGAGAAAAUUCACGAGGAGGCACAGAAUCUAGUGACUGAAAUAAAAAAAAUAAAUGGUUUACCAAUAGAUCCAUCCAAACUCAUCAUGGAUGCUGUAUCCAACGUAUUUUGUUUCAUUAUAUUUGGGAACCAAUUUGAGUACGAGGACGAUAGAUUCUCAAAGAUCUUCAGUUUUGCGGAAGAGGUCUUCAGUCUUAUGAGCACACCUUGGGGUCAGAUGGAAGACAUAUUUCCAGAGCUGAUGAAAUACAUCCCAGGGCCACACAAAAAGAUCAUAGAUGUAUCAGAAGAACUGGUUGAGUGUAUAUAUAAGAGAGUGGAGAUCAACCAAGCAACAUUAGAUCCUACCUGCCCCAGGGAUUAUAUUGAUUGUUUCCUUAUCAGGAUGGAACAGGAAAAACACAAUCCUAACACAGAGUUCACCAUGAGAAAUCUCUUGGUAUCGGUCCACAAUCUACUUCUUGGUGCUACAGAUACUGUUGGUACCACACUGAGGCACGCACUCCUAAUGAUAGUGACACAUCCUGAGGUACAAGUCAAACUUCAAGAGGAAAUUGAUCAAGUGGUUGGAGGAAAUAGACUUCCCCUUCUGUCUGACCGGAGUCAGAUGCCUUAUACAGAAGCCGUGAUCAACGAGAUCCAGAGAUUUGCUGAUAUUUCUCCAAUGAAUGCUGCACAUUCCGUGACAAAAGACACCCUAUUUCGAGGAUACACUAUCCCCAAGGGCACUGAUGUCUACCCAUUGCUCUGUACUGUUCAUCGUGAUCCCAGCAAAUUCUCUACACCGUACAAGUUCAACCCCAACCACUUCUUAGAUGAGAAUGGUGGAUUCAAGAAAAACGAAGCUAUGAUGGCUUUUUCUGCAGGAAAGCGGAGAUGUCCCGGGGAGGGCCUCGCUCUCAUAGAGCUCUUUCUAUUCCUCACCAUCAUCCUGCAAAACUUCACUUUAACCUCAGAGAAAACGUUUACUGAUGAUGAUAUUGCCCCCAAAUUAACUGGAUUUCUAAAUCACCCCAUAUCUUUUCAACUCUCUUUUAUUGCUCGAUAAUAUGUUUGUAAACUUAAAAUUUAUAGGCAAAAAUUGCAAAUACUUUGAAAAGGAAAUUAUUAUCUUACUUAGUAGAUGUCCCUGUUCAUCAUAAAUGUCUGUAACUAUGGACUUUAUUACUUGUGAAAUAAAAUGAAAUACCAACAUUUAAA